ACAUUAGAUCGAUUAGGGUUUCAGAAACGAUUUCAAAACAUUUCAAAACGCCCGCUUCCCUGCUCCUCUCUCUCUCUCUCUCUGGCGAUUCAGGAACGAUUUCACCGGAUCUGCUCCUCUCUCACCAGAUCUAUGAAGUUUCAACAGAUCGAUGAAGAUUCUGACCUCCUGGUUCUGUUUUCCGGCUUUUAUUGGCAUUUUGCAACAUUCGUCAAGGGAUGUGGAUGUGGAUGCUGGUGAUUGUGACAUUGUUCAAGUCAUUGAAAACAGUGGAGAUAUUUUAAAGCUUUUGCGCCUCACACAUGUAGGUGGAGGCUACAAAUCAGUUUUUAAAGGUGGUGACAGGGUUGUGGAGAUUCCAAUUGAUGAGUCACACAGGUUCAUUUAUCAGCUCCCAGCUGUUCGUUUAACAGAUGAACAAGAUGGUCGAUUGAGAGGGUUUUGGUGAGUCACACAGGUUCAUUUUAAAGCUUUUGCCCCUCACACAUGUAGGAAAGAGAAGUAAAACGAUUCAUUGAAGAUCCACAUUUGUUUGUACAUUCACAGAAGGUGUGGGUUCUCAAUCAAGUGAUCUCAAGGUAAAAGAGAUAUUCAGUUACACUCGGGACGAGUUAACUACUGAAGACAUGUUAAUACUCGACUGUCACACUGAAAUUUACGUGUGGGUAAGCCAUAAUUCAGUUGUCAAGUCAAAGCAACAGGCCCUUUCUAUUGGCUUGGCGCUCCUUGAAAAAGAUGUUUUGGGAGAAUGUUUAUCCGUAGAUACUCCUAUAUACGUUGUUACAGAAGGGCAUGAACCUCCGUUUUUCACUCGCUUUUUUGGUUGGGAUGCUUCAAAGGCAAAUAUGCUAGGCAACUCAUUCGAGCGAAAGCUGGCUAUGUUAAAAGGGCAGACACACAAACUUGAAGCACCUUCAAGAAAUUCACCGAGUGUAACGCCAAACGGGAUGACAAGACCGUCGCCAACUCCAAACGGGUUGAGAAGACCGUGUCCUAUUCCUAACGAUUUAAAUGAGAAAGCGUUUCGCAACAACUAACCCGAGAAACGCCCUCGCAUCGUCUGGACGCCGCAGUUGCAAAAGCGGUUUGUGGAUGUCGUUGCACAUCUCGGUGUGAAAAACACGGUUCCCAAAACAAUAAUGCAGUUAAUGAAUGUCGAAGGAUUGACUCGCUAGAACGUCGCGAGUCAUCUUCAAAAGUACCGGCUUUAUUUAAAGCGGAUGCAGGGGUUGUCGAACGAAGGACCUUCGUCUUCAGAUCACUUGUUCGCCUUGACCCCUGUUCCGCAAAGCUUGCACGAGUCCAGUGGCGGGGUGAACGAAAACAG